CAGGACUUUUAGAGUAAUGCAACAGAAGGCUUUUGAGGAAAGCAGAUAUCCCUGGCAGGAAUCCUUUGAGAAUGUUGCAGUGUGCCUGCCAUUCCGCUGCCCGAGGUGUGGAGACCAUACCAGAUUUAGAAGUUUGUCAUCCUUGAGGGCCCAUCUGGAAUUCAGUCACAGCUACGAAGAAAGAACCCUCUUGACAAAAUGCAGUCUCUUUCCAUCUCUCAAAGACACAGACCUAGUCACUUCCUCAGAACUCCUGAAACAAGGAAAAUUGCAGAGCAGUGGCAACGUGGUAAAGCAGAAACCAAGCUAUGUUAACUUGUAUAGCAUUUCUCAUGAACACUCCAAGGACAGGAAGCCAUUUGAGGUGGUGGCAGAGAGGCCUGUGUCCUACGUGCAGACCUACACUGCGAUGGACCUACGCACAGACUCCCUGGAUGGGCCACGGUCGAGUCCUGGACUUCCCACCUCAGACACCAAAGCUGCUUUUGAGGCACAUGUCAGAGAAAAAUUCAAUCGGAUGGUCGAGGCUGUGGACAGGACCAUCGAGAAGAGAAUCGAUAAACUCACCAAAGAGUUGGCCCAGAAAACUGCAGAACUGUUGGAAGUUCGGGCAGCUUUUGUGCAGCUGACUCAGAAGAAGCAGGAAGUUCAGAGACGAGAGCGGGCCCUGAACAGACAGGUGGACGUGGCUGUGGAAAUGAUAGCUGUGCUGAGGCAACGCCUGACAGAAUCCGAGGAGGAGCUUCUUAGGAAAGAAGAAGAAGUUGUUACAUUCAACCAUUUCCUGGAAGCAGCAGCUGAGAAAGAGGUUCAAGGGAAAGCCCGGCUCCAGGACUUUAUUGAGAAUCUGUUGCAGCGGGUAGAACUGGCAGAGAAGCAGCUGGAGUACUAUCAGAGACAGCAGGCCUCCGGCUUCAGUCGUGAGCUCAGCGGACACGUGCUUACAGAUAUCUCCUCAAAUAGGAAACCCAAAUGCCUAAGCCGAGGGCACCCACAUUCGGUGUAUAACAACCCUGAUCUCAAGACCCAUUUCCACCCAAAGACAAGGAACUACCUGAAAAAGGCCAAGGAUGACAGAGCCAACAUGCAGCCUGCCAAGUCCAUUCAUGACCAGGCCGAGUCCUCAAGAGACCUCUGCAGACCACCGAAGAAAGGAGAGCUCCUGGGCUUUAGCCGAAAAGGCAAUAUCAGGCCCAAAAUGGCUAAAAAAAAACCGACAGCCAUAGUGAACAUCAUCUAAAAGGGUGGGUAGCUCUGGACCAUCAUUGCUGAGCUUUGGAGAAUGUUGUUUCAGGGGCCAGCAGUGAUGUUCUCCUAGACACAUCCCACAGUGAAACACAUUGAAAAAACAAGGGGCAUAACAUGCACGAGCAACUUGAUUAACCAGAACUUGACCAAUGGGAGUCUCAGUAAGCUGGAAUUUUAGUCUAACCCCUUUUUAGAAGCUUACAAAUUACAGAAAGAGUUUUUAAAAAUAAUAAUAAAAGCAACCUUAAGAGAAAGUUCCAACUUCUGAAAUAACUGGCCCAGUCUCCAACAAUCUUGGCAUCUGGAUUUCCAUGCAGUGGUUACAAUUCUCAGGCCCAAGGCCACACAAGAUGUCAGGCAUUGGGAGAAAAUUUGUGCCCAUUUCUCUCCAAAUUGUGAGAUAAGAGAUGGGAGGGUAAAGUUCUGUUAAUAGCAGUGAAAUAAAAAUAUUUGUGUGUGUUUAUAACCUUCCCCUCAGUUAACUUGAAAGCCUCCAAAGUAAGGAUUCCUGUUCCCUCGAGUAUUCUGGUAAAUCAAGAUUUCACUCGAUGGGUUGCUUAAGGGACUUGUUCAGUCAGACUUUGGUUCUCAUUUUGAUGGAUGGUUUUUCAUUUUGUUUGAUGGAGACUUUUUUGGUGCCCCAGAUGCAUGUUUAUCUAGAUUUUGGUACACCUCUGCCAUCUUCUUUGGCUGAGUAUUUUACAUCCUCGGACCACAUCACCAGCCUCUACCUUAAUACCUGCUUCAGUAGCUGUGGUUGGGGAGAACGGUGAAACCCUUAUGAACAGCAUCUCUCAGCUGUGUCUGGGUGCUUGGAAUGCCAGCGCAUUGCACACUGGGGGCAUCCAGCACUGCCAGUGUUGCUCAGCCCUCUCCUAAGACCUGCUUCCCUGGCAGUGUCAGCAGCUCUUUCCCUGUUAGCUGUGGGCAUGACUUUCUCUCUACUGGCUUAACUUUCCACUUAGCAGCUCACUUCGCCUCCAGCUGCUUCUGUGCCCUUUUAUGAUAAAAUAUAUGAUCUUACCUUUCAACCAAGUAUCUGGAGUGUUCACUAUAUUUCGCCUUCUAAAGUAAUUUCUGAAAUAAACAAUGCAUGUAGGAGCCAGAAUCUGAUACUAACCUCCCCUCCCUCUCUCUCUAAAAUGGCUUUUGUUUCCACAAAUAGCUCUCUAUUAAGAACUUUCUGCUUUACGAUUUUCUUCAAGAUUGAAUUUCUGUUAUUUUUUUUCCUUAAAUUUAGCAAUAUCAUCAGGUCUCAUGCAGAGUUUACAAGUGCUGACCUCCUCCUGGAAACAAGAAUAAUUUUGUCCACAAAUAUAUGCAUAUAUAUAUAUAAAUACAUACAAGAUAUAUAUGUUAAGUAUAUUAAUAAUUUAUUUUUAAAUACUCAUGGAGAAAGUGUGUGUUUGUGGUGGGUGGUUUUUAAACAAUAUAUGUUUGUUCAUGUAAAUGGAAUUAUCUUAUUUUAAAAAUUAAAAUUGUAACCUAAUUAACAUUAGUAGAAAUAUGAUUGUUCUAAUAAGCAUCAGAUUAGCAGUGUGUUAAAAAUAGGUGAUAAAACAGUUACUUAAAAUGCCAGUCAAUUGAAAAGUAUAACUUAUGCAGAUGUUUUGAGCCUAUCAUAGUGAAAAUGUUGAUUUCUGAACUUCACUUUGACUUUUGUCUUAUGGGGGUGAACCAUUCAUGUGAUGUAUAGGCAGCUAUCAAGUGGGGAAAGAACACAGCUGUGAAUACUAACUUUGUAAAAAUUGUAACAUUCUAUUAUUAUUCAUUUGGAGAAUUAACCUUCUCCAAAGUUAUUUAUUAUUGAUGCUUAUACCAUGAUUGCACUUUAGCCUUUUACAUACUAAAAACAUGACUUGUUAGUUGUUUUGCAUGCUCUUCGCCUGUAACGUGUGUGCGAUGACAACAACUUGUUUUUAAAGGUGGUAUAGCCAGAAUUUAUUUUUUCUGUUUUAUUUGAAGUAACUGACAUUUGGGGUUUUCAUUUAACAUAUCUGGAGGGCAUGACUGCUCUCUCUGACAGUGGCACCCAGUGAUCUUCAGGAAACACCACAAUGUUAUACUAUAGCAACAUUACAUACAACAAGUUAUUUUGAGAUUUAUUUAUUAUAUUAAAAACUUUUUUUAAGUUUCCACUAAGUUUCGACCCCUACAUAAGGAAAUGUGUUUUGUAUGUUGUGCUUCCUUAGAGACAUAAAUGUAUUUACUUUCAAAAUAUAGGAGCUGGCUCACUCAGAAGGAUACUCCACUUAUACAUCAUGGCCCUAACUGUAUGCCAUGUCCCAUUUAUGUCUUAUUUUUAAAUAUUUUCUUUGUUCACAUGGGCAGUCAACCUUAGAGUUAAGGCAGUUGAUUUUUUGGAGAAAUCACCAAAGUUUAUGGGAAAACACGUUCAAGGUUAAACUGGAGAACAGAUCGAACUUUGUACUUUUUUUGUGGGGAAGAAAUUUUCAUUUGCACUGAUUUUUUUUCCCCCAAAACUGGUUAUAGAUUCUUAUCAGCAAAGUUUAGACCACUUAGACACUGUUUUCCAGUAUUCUGCAGGGUCAGUCAGUUGUACAGAAGUUGGAAUAUUCUGUUCCCAGAAUUUAAAAAGUUUUUAGAUUAUGAAGUAUUAUAAUAAAGUUAUAUUUCUGACUAAUGUGUUGGUAUGUUUUGUCUAGUUGAAGUGUUUUGGGAGAGACAAGUAUGUUGGUCCAUUAGCAGCGAACAAAAUGGUCCUUCAUGAAGAAGCUGUUCAUUGUAUAUAUAAUCACCAUGAUCUUGUACACCUAUAAACUUCCUUGAGAACUUAGCUUGAUCAUUUUUGUUCAUCAUAAUGCAUAUUUCUUAAAGUUCUUUUUACAUAUGUUCAUACUGAGACAUCCUCAUUAAAAGCACAUUUGGCACUUGUUCCCAUC